UAUCAAUGCGUUCUUUCGUCCACGAUCAGUCUAUUUAAUACAUUUAGCGCCGUUCGUCGCAAUCUAAUAUGGCAAGCAGUAAUAAUGCUUCCAAGAAGAAAGACAAACGAACGACUCUGCUCGACUUCGACUUGUCAACAACUUUAGGUAAGUAGACACGGAUGCAUAGCAGCGAAGAAGUAUCUUUGUGAUCUAUUUACAGUGCUAAGAAUAGCUUUCCUCUAAUGAGGUCGUUAGCGCUUCGCACUAUGGAGGCUGAAUAAAUCGCCUAACCCUCUCUCUGUCUCUCUCUCUUGCACAGGAACGGGGACGUUUGGAAGAGUGUUACUUUGCCGAGACCGAAGGUCUGGCGAGUAUCAUGCCUUAAAGAUAAUGAAUAUACGAGAAGUGAUCAGACUUAAACAAGUUGAACACGUCCAAAACGAGAAGAAUAUUUUGUCGAAGAUCGAGCACCCAUUCAUCGUCAAUUUGUGAGUAUGACUUGUAAACACUUAGAGCAUGAGCAAACUUCAUUACAUAUCUAUGGAGGAGUUUUCUCGCGCUGCGCUUUACAAAAAAACGGCCCUGAAAUGUUUCCCGGAAUUUUUCCUUUUCGAAGCUUCGCAUUUAAAAUCAGCGCUCUGCUGCUCAUUUGUAAAGAAUAUCCGUGCGAGGUUCCCUCCGCGCGGAACCUGUGGGGUUAUGUAUACAAGGCUACUUUCGAAAGUAAGCUUCUUCGAUUCGUUCUUAAAAAGUCUAUGUACAGAUACUUAAAUGUCGUCAAUGUUAGCUUUGUGUAUAUAUAAUGAGAAUUAAGCCAGUUCAUCCAAUGAUAGAGUGAAGAAGUAUCUUACACGACGUCGCUCCCCUUGAGUAUCGAAGUGAUCAUGAUCUCUUAACGGGUCUCUAAGUAGGAAGCCAUUUUACUCUUUCCACCACGUGAAACUGAAUUCCAAAGGCUAAUUGGUUUGCAUAUUAAUGUUAAUGCUGGUCUUUGAUUGUUUAACAAUGUUCAGAUUGUUACCGAUGUCGUUGAAAUUCUAUCGUAUUACGUGUCUAGUGCGCCGUUGUAAGAGUCGUGUCUUACGGGAAGUUUUACAAAGGAAUGGGAUUGACAUGGUUUUGUGUCUCGUUCGUCACGUAUUCGUCACAGUCAAGUGAAUCGAACGUUCGAUCAUGAGCAAGUGAAUUGAGUGAAUCGAGCUUUCGAUCACAAAGUGGCGGUCGACCUGAGAACAAGCAUAAAAAUAUAAAGAGAGUUGAAGUCGACAUGAUGCACUACCUCUGAAAUUUCAGUGGAAGGAAAAAACUUGUAUUCAUUUUGAAUGUGUAUGCAUAUGAAUUUGCAAAUUUUAAAUUCAACCCAAAUUCUCUUGUUUUUGCUAAGGGCUAUUUUUUCUUUAAAGCACUAUUAAGUCAGCCAAACAAACAUGCAUUUAAUAAUCUUUUGGACUUAUCCUUGGGAAGGAGUAGAAAGAGCAGUUGUUCGUGGUCUCUUUGUUGUUGAAGGAUGGUUUUAGUAGAGCAUCGCUUAUUAUAAGUAUUUUCUUGAGGUCGAGCUAAGUGGCUAGUCUUCAUUAAAUACGACCUGAGUACAUCCUAGAUUUGUAACCUUAAUUGCCCAAGAAAAUCCAGAUGCAUACCACAUACUUAAGUCAAUUGCUUCUUAUUUAGAAUUUAAUUUAAAAGUCUAAUCUGUAAACAAAAAAAACAAGGAGUAAAUGGAGAAAUUAGUUAAAAAAUUUAAUAUCUUGCUGUUAAACUAUUGAAAUGAAUGGAUAAGGUUAACCUCAAGUUGUGACACAUGACACUGUUUUUACUCUAUCACUACUAACUACAGAGUUGUACAAAGCAGCUAUGGUAUGCUGAUGUCUCCUAAACUCUUAAAUUGGAAUGUUUCUCUGAGCUUCAGUUGGUGUUAUACAGUUUCCUGCCAAAUUUGGGUGUUCAGAUUUGGUUGAAUAACCAUAAAUCCAAUUAAGUGCACUUCACAUUAAGAAGCUAACACAAACCACACCUCCUUCUUAUUGGUUAUUAAGUUUGUUUUUCACCUCCAAAUCUCAUUGUUAAGUUGUACUGUACAUAAACAUUUACAUGUUAGGAUUUAUAUUGUGAAUCUAAUAUGUUAUGUUUCGGUAAGAUGUUCAGUUCACUGACCUGCCGGGAUAUAUCUACGUACAAGGGAGCUGGUAUUUAAAGUUUUGUGAUGGUGUACAGUGUAUUUGGGUUAUGUUUGUUUACAUGUUGUGAACUUAGUAUGUCAUCUUUUAACCAGGUCGGUAGACUGGUUAUUAAUAAAGUGGCAUACAUGUUUUGAAUCUGGUAUAUUUCGUUUUAUAAGAGUGGGUUACAACAUGAUUUUGAAUGCAAUUUGGUGUUAAUAAGAAUAAAUAAUUUUUUCAAAUGCAACAAAAUGGCACAAGCCAGCAGGGCGAGUGCAAUUUGUAGUCUUUGAAAAAUUUCACAAGUGCUUAUUUACAUUAAAUUGCAUGAGAAACCAUUUUGUUAGAUGUGAAUGAUUUUCAUAAAAAAGUAUCACAGAAAGUCAAGAUGGACAAAAUUUUAGCAGCACACUUUUGUUAUUUGUAAUUUGCACUUAUGUUACAUGAAAAAUGCACACAUUUUCAGCCAAUCAGACACACAUGAUUAUUUUUCAUGAAUCUUAUUAUGAUGUAAAUUAUACAUGUAUAAUGCAAGUAAAUAUAAGGUGAACCUACAAUAUUACGUUUUUUGAUGGUGUACCAUAUAUUAGCUUGUUUGUAUAUAUUCUGUAAUAUGUCAUAUGUUUUGGUAUUUUGUACAGCAUUUGAACGUUUGUAUACAUGUUGUGAUCCUUGUAUGUUAUAUCUUGGCAAAUUGCACUUUGUAUUGACAUGUUAAUACAAAUUAUGAAUCUAAAAUACAGAGUUUUGGUAUGGUGUACUUGUUACAAACAUGUUCAAGUAUAUGUGUAUGGUUAUGUACACAUAAAGUUGGCUCGGUAUGGGAAAAAUAAUAAAUGCACUCUUGCGCUUUUUUUUUCAGUGAUAUCAGAAUUUAUAUGUGAGUAAGAGCCUGCUUUUGCAUGGGAUGUUAAUAAUUUGCAGAAUGCCUCCCAGAAUUUUAUCAGGUUUCCUACACGGACAGUUUGUUGUGACUCACAGUUAUACUCAUGAGUGGGACAGAGAUACUGUAUGAGCAUAAGUUUCUUCCUUUAAGCCUUUCAUUCUCAAGAUCUUAUUAGUAAUUCUCCUAACUGUCUGCCAUACAAUUCUUAUGAUGUUAGGCUGGAGAAUUAGUCAUUAAAACAACUACUAAUCCCCUAAUUGAUAUUUUUCUUUACCUUUAUCACUUGUCUGCUUGAUAUUGCAUUGAUAUUGAAAGGAGGAAUUCUUUCUUGUUCACUCUUGGGAGUUAAGGGGAUUAAAACUCAGCUGAGACUUGAACCUGGUCGAUUUGUAAUGAGUUUUUCUCCAGUUUGUCAACCAUUAGUCCUCCCUUUUCCUGUUAACCAUUAAAAAACUGCAGCUGAUCUUAGCAAAAGUGCUGAUGCUAGCAGUAUCAGGGAUGUGUGCCACAUGUGAACCCUCUAAAGGCCUGGCUCACCAAAGGGUCUGUGUGACUCAGUGAUAGAGUAUCAAAGCAUGGAAUCCAAAGGUCUGAGGUUUGAUUCCUCAUUGGUAUACUCUGAAUUUAUCCUUUGUACCAUGCACAUGACAAGAAAAAAAUUUCUUUGGGAAUAAAAAAACAGGCACUUAGUAAAGGCAACUCAGCUACUACUGAAAGUGAGUGUCAAGUGGUGAACUUGCGAUAAUGUGUGGGACUCAAUCAGGGAACAAAGUUUGUUUUUCACCUCCAAAUCUCAUUGUUAUGUUGUACUGUACAUUAAUAUUUACAUGUUAGGAUUUAUAUUGUGAAUCUAAUAUGUUAUGUUUCGGUAAGAUGUUCAGUUCACUGACCUGCCUGGAUAUAUUUAUAUACAGGGGAACUGGUAUUUGAAGUUUUGUCAUGGUGUACAGUAUACUUGGAUUAUGUUUGUUUACAUGUUGUGAACUUAGUAUGUCUCUUUUAACCAUACAUGUUUUGAAUCUAAUAUAUGUUGUUUUAUAAGAGCGAGUUACAACAUGAUUUUGAGUGCAAUUUGGUGUUAAUAAGAAUAUAUAAUUUUUUCAAAGGCAACAAAAUGGUACAAGCCAGCAGGGCGAGUGCAAUUUGUAGUCUUUGAAAAAUUCACUAGUGCUUGUGUCAUGUAGUGAACUAGCAAUUAUGUGUGGGACUCAAUCAGGGAACAAAAUAGAAAGGUUUAUAUGCUUAGCUUAUCUUAUCUUGUCUUUCUGUUACUUUAUUCUCACAAGGACCUUUAUUACCUUUUAUUUCCUCAAUAGAACAGUCAGAGUAACCUUUUUUUUUCUCUCUGCAGAUUAUGGACAUAUCAUGACAACACAUUCUUGUACAUGCUCCUGGAGUAUGCUUGUGGUGGAGAACUUUUCACAUAUUUGCGUACAGCAGGAAGGUUUAAUAAUGGCACAGGGUUAUUCUUUGGAGCAGAAAUAGUCUCUGCCCUAGACUAUCUCCACCAAAAUAGCAUAGUGUAUCGUGAUCUCAAGCCAGAAAAUAUUCUCCUAGAUAGAGAAGGACAUGUCAAACUUACAGAUUUUGGCUUUGCAAAAGAGGUUCAUGACAAGUAAGUUAUUUUAAUCUGAAUGUUUUCUAUUGUAAUGGUAAAUGGUCAGGAUAUGUGAAGCUGCAUAUCUUUGACUUAAGCUUUAACUUAAGCUUUUUAUUUAAAAAAAACAACAACAACAGCAAAAACAAAAAAACAUCUAGCUUUGUUUGUAGUACUCAUAAUACCGGUUCUUUCCUGAGGUGCAAUCUGCUGAUUUGUAACUAUGGGUAGAAUGAAACUCAUCUAUUGUCCCAUUUCAGGAUAUAGAUGGAAAGUAAGAAGUAGCAAGAAUUGAUUUUAUCCCUUUCAGAUAAAUGUUUGCCAAACUAGACAUUUAAUAUUCUGAUCAGUUAAGAGGAUAUGUUAGUUUCAGAAUUUCCCAUGACCUUUCCUUCCUUUCAACUUGCCGAAGAGCCCCUGUCCCCUUUAAAGAUAAGCACAUACUGUGCAACUAACUAUUGAUCAUAAAUAUUUAUUGCUUACAAGCCUUAUCACAAUUGUUGAAACAUUUUCCUUGUUUCCUCCAUGUCAAUUUUGGGAACAAGAAUAUUUUAAUGCCCAAAGAAAACUCAACUUUGGGACAGUUGGGGGGGGGGAAAGAGAAGAUUCAAUGAAUCUGGGAAAAAAAGGAUAUUUUUAACCAGGCAUGUUUUCCUUUUCUCACUUUAGAUCAAUUUAAAUUAAUUGAUCAAUAGUAAGACACUUGGGUACCAUUAAUUAAGAGCCAGGUCUGGCUAGAGCUCAUUUUUGUUUGUUUAAGAUUAAAAUCUGUCAACAAACUAAGUGCAACCCCCAGUUGAAAAAACAUGCCAACAUUUUAUGAAUUUCUAAAAUUUUGCUUAUUUUCCAAAGUCCAAAGUUCUGUCUCGGAGACUCCCUAUGUUGGCAAAACAAACGAUUUUUUUUUCUUUUGUUAUAUUAUGCCAGACAGUCUGGUUAAAAUUGUGGCCUGAAAUAACCUCUAUCCACUUGGAGUCUCUGUCCUAUUAAAACAGGUGCUACCCCUAUAAAGCCUGCUGGUAGCGCAUCAACACUACUAAAAUUGCUAUUUUGUUUUCCUGAGAAUAAAUAACAAAAUUACAUAAAAACCCAAAAGCCGCAAAAAUAUGCUUUUUCACUAGUGCAAAUAUAUCUCCCCAAAUGUUUUUUUUUUAUAAAAAGCAAGGUGGGUUUGUGGUUGAUGUGUCGCCCCAUCAGUGAAGUUGUGGUUGAAACACAAUAGUAUGAUGCAACCAUAAUUAAUCCUUUAACUCCAAAGAGUGAUUAUCAUCUAAUUUCUCCUCAAAAUACCAGCACUGAAUCACACAUUAAGGUCAUGAGAGUAAAGGAAAUGAUCACCAACAAAAGAAGCUUUUGAUCAGUAAACAAAUUCUCCUUGUCAGCAGCUUAGGAAAUGUAUAAAGAACAGUAUGGAGAAUAUGCAUACUGAUGUUAAAGAGUAAAGGAUUAAAAUUUGGAAAUGGCAAAGUUGUGAGGUUAAUAUCGCUAGCCACUACCAGUGAGAUGAAUAGUUGUGCUUAGUAUAUACUAAAACAGUUAGAAAAUAUAUUGGGCAAAAAAGUUGAUUUUAACUCAUUUAAUCUUGCAACAAUUAAAGUAUUCUCCAAGUGAACAGAAAAGGAUAUUGGGAGUUUGAGUAGCCAACAGCAUGCCUUAAAUGCCAUCCACUGUUUUGAUACAUACUAGUAAUAGUAAUAAAAUAUUUCAUGUGUCGCAAUUUUUUUUUUUUUCAGGACUUGGACUCUUUGUGGUACCCCAGAAUAUCUUGCUCCAGAAAUAAUUCAGAGCAAAGGACACAACAAAGCAGUUGAUUGGUGGGCCUUAGGAAUUCUCAUUUAUGAAAUGCUUGUUGGGUAAGAGGGACCUGUUGCUUUAAUGAAUUGUAGGAUCUUUUAGUUUUAUUUACUGAGUUGAUGAUGUAAAUUGGCCAUCAUGAAGAGUUUCUAAAGCUGUCAUUUUGAGCAGUGAAGUAGGAGUAAAGUAGGAACUGAGCCUUCGAUGAAUUAGAAGAUAUUUUUAAUUAGUUUUAUCAACUGAGUUGAGAAUGUAAAUUGGCCACCUUAAAGAGUUUCUAAAACUGAUACUUCAAGUGUUAGUCCUUCAUUAGAGCAAAGUAGGAGCAAGUAAAUAAUGACUGAAACAAUUGGUUCCAAGCCUGGUGAUUUGAAAGAAAUGGGUAUCUGUCACUACAACAAGGCCUGCACAUGCAUCCAGCACAGUGGGAGAACAUCCAAUUAAAUGCGGAUUAAAAGAUGGUCAUGCCCAAAAAGAGCAAUUUCUGUUUGAUGCUCUGUCUGAGAAUUACAGUUUUUCAAGUAUGGUGGCUUCUGCUUCACAGAGGAAAAAUUGGUCAUUCAUGUGAAAACUUUGGUUUAAACCUGCCAUCUUCCUUUGUGUUAUACAUUGCACAAAACUGUAUUUAUAUAAACUAUGGAGGGGGUAUGCCAGAGUUUGUUGCUUGUUUUGUGCAAUGAAACAAAAAUAUUUAAUUUAGCCCUGCUAUCUGUGUAACCUCCUCAAGCUUAGUAGUUAGCCGCUGAAAUACUUUUUUCAAGGUCAUAAGUUAAUCCACACCUGUUGAAAUUUCUUUUAUCUUGGUUUACCUUUGUCACUGAUUAAUAAAUUUAAUCUUAAUUCUAAGAAAAAUUUCAAACAGUUCAGAUGGUUUGAGAUUAAAAAACCCUCCCGUCAUGUGUUGGGCAAAGUCUAUGAAAAUUUGAUACGCCACAUGGUCUACUUAUUGGAAACAUGCAGUCACUAUUAAUUCAAAACUUAACCCUUUCUGUUAACUAAGAUCAGUAUGCAUAUUCUCUGUUCUUUUCUAUAUACAUUUCCUAUGGCAUUGACAAGGAGAAUUUGUUUAACAAUCAAGAGCUUUAGGAGUGGUUGAUCAUUUCCUGUAUUCUCACAACCUCCAUUUUUUAUUUCAAGAGGGACCAUAUAUGGAGAAAAUCAAUGCUAGUUUCAAUCUCAUUGGGGUUAAAGGGUGAUAGAAAAAAGCCUUCAUCAUUGGUGUAGUCAAGAUUCUGUUAGGUUUUUCACAUUUACAAAACUAAUUUAAGAACUGCAGGAGACUGUUAAGGAAUAAAGAGCAAAUUGGCUGACAGCUGUCCUUGUACACAACUGGAGCUCAGACUCAAAAUUAAGUCCCAUUAGGUGCCAGGGUCUUAACUUUCCAGACUUAAAAAACUGUCUAUGCAGGAUUUUACACAAUGAAGGUCAAGAUAUUUUAAAUCUGUUUAUUUUUGUGUAUUGUUAGUUUUUUUUUAAAUCUUGCAUGUUGUGACAUGUAUGUCUCAGGGGUGGUCUUAAUUGAUUCUAUUUUGGAAAUAAAUAGGUGCAGAAUCCUUAAGAAAAAUGAACACGAAAAAUUUGAAACAGAUUUGGAUCUCCUGCAGUGACACCUUGCUUCAAACCCAAUUAGGUACAUGGAGUACAUUCCCUCCUGUAUGAAUAUAUUUCAUAAAGCUGACUUUCACAAAAUGUUACAGGGAAUUCAUCUUAAUUCAGCACUGUAUAAAUAAUAUGCACAUACUUUAACAUCUUUAAAGGGAAUUCCAAUCUGCUUCACAAAUCUAACAUAAAAUUGUCUGGAGCCAUCUGUGAGUGUGGGUAUUUUAGUAUUUUUUAGGUUAAAUUAUUGAACAAGACUGACAUGACUGUUAAUAAAAAUCUGAUUGGUUUCAGGUAUCCCCCAUUUUUCGAUGACAACCCAUUUGGCAUCUAUGAGAAGAUACUAUCAGGAAAGGUAGAAUGGCCAAAACACAUGGAAACUACGGCGGCAAAGUAAGAUAUAUUUCCUUCUUAAAGAAAAAUUUUGUCAUCCCAGCUGUAUGCGUGCACGCCUUGCACACCCACAGAUUUAGACUGAAAGAUGCUAAAAUUGUUACAAGAUUAAACUUAAUCCAUGACCUCAGGAAUUCAACACAUGGAGAGAGAUUUUCCUGCGGUGUUUGAUUUUAAAUAUAGUUCUCUUUAAUCCUCCUUUGGGACACGCUAGAAAGAAGUGCAAGGGAGAUCAGCGUUUGAAUUGCUAACAUGCAUGUGGAUGGGAAACAGGGGAAGGGAGCAGGUCACAAGUUAGAUUAACCCUUUAAGUCCCACUAGUGACCUCGACAGAAUUUUUCCUCACACAAUCAAUACAAUAUCAAGCAGACAAGUAAUGAGAAUCAAGAAAAGUACCAAUUAGAGGAUUAUUGGUUGAUCCAAUUCCAAAUUCUCCAAACUAGCACCAUAUGAAUUAUAUGGCAGACGGUAAGGAGAAUUACUAAAGAGAUCUUGGGAGUUAAAGGGUUAAGUUUAUUACGCUAAAGUGGUGACUGAGGUUUAUUUCUAGAAUUUGCAUGUUUGACCCUUUCACUCCCGCAUGUGAUCAAGACAGUAUUUCUCCCGACAAUAAUACAAUAUCAAGCAGGCAGGUGAUGAGAAUGAAGAAAAUAUCAAUUAUGGGAUUAUUAGUUGAUCCAAGACCAAAUUCUCUGAACUGACGUCAUAAGAAUUGUAUGGCAGACACAAAGGAGAAUUACCAAUAAGAUCUUGGGAGUGAGAGGGUUAAGAUGGGGUUUAAUUUCAACCUUUCAUUUUUUUUUCUCAUUGUCCUGAUAGUAACAAUUGCUAUGAAUGUUAUGUCUAAUUGAAUAUUUUCUGUUUUUCUUUGGGCUUAUACAGAGACUUGAUUAAAAAGUUAUUAGUCCAUGACAGAACAAGAAGAUUGGGAAGUAUGAAGGUACAUUAUGAUUUAAUGUUUGGCUAGAGGUGAAAGUAAAUUACCUUUGUGCAAUCUUAAAAUUCUCAUAGCAAUACCUCAGAUACCUAUUGUAGGUUGAUCUGUUUCAUUAGAGAUGUUGCAACAAUGUUAACUGUAGCAAAAUUCAGCCAUACAAUGAAAAACAAUAAUAUCAACUGCUUUAAAUGAUAACAUGAAAAAAAAAAGUCAGGCUGACUCUUUUAGACUGUCUGUAUUUGUUUUCCUCGUACGGUCUUACGAUUGUGAACGAAAAGUGAGUGCAUAUAUUGACUUUUGAACAAGGAGGGCUGGGCCAGGCACAAUCUGGUCACAGUCUCUCAUCCCAGGACACAACAUAAAAUAUUGAUAAAUUAAUUGAUUGAGUUGUGUGAUUGAUGAAUGAUUGACUGCAUUAUUCUCUUUCUGCCUUUAAUUCUUCUUCCAUAUUGAACGGAAACUAAACGUCUUGUGCUCUAUUUGUGUUUUUUUUAUUUGUGUUUUUUUUUCAAGUUUAUCAUUAUGCAAUUUUUCAAUCUUCUAAUUUUUAGCUUACUUUGGCCCCUUUACUGUCCUCUACAGAUAACAAGUCAUUUUUAUGACCUAUUAAUUGUGUCAACAGAGUUUAGUACUAAAAUAGCGUAAUAUGCACGAUGAUUAUUAAUUAAACAACUUUAAACCCUGAAUAAUGGUGGUUUGUUUCAGAAUGGAACAGAAGAUGUGAAGAGUCACAAAUGGUUCAAAGUGAUAGAUUGGAAUUUAGUUUAUCAAAGAAAGCUCAAGGUGAGUAAAGAUUUGGUUGUAGUAACUGGCAAACAAAGAAAACCUUAUACACCUAAAAUUUGUCUGAGAUAGUUGUUUUGUUAUAUCCAAUCACAUUGGAGAUUAAAUGCUGUUAUUGACGAAUCAAAUGCGCGGAAUGCCGGAGAGCCUUAAAUUCCCCCGGGUACUUUAUUUUUGAGACCCGUUUCCUUACCUCCCCGCACUUCAAGCUAUGGAUCCAUCACUGAUUUACUGGCUUUCAACCUACUGUUUACUUAUCUCUAAGUGACGCAAAGUAUUCUUCGUGGUGAAACUUGUACGGUGAUCUAACAGACUUCCUUUGGUUUUCACCUAGGCUCCCAUUAUACCUAAGCUAUCUCAUCCAGGGGACACUAGAAAUUUUGAUGAUUACCCAGAGGAAAACUGGAGAUCAGCCCCACCUCUUAGUGGCAAGCUUCUGGAGCCGUUUAAAGAUUUUUAAUCGCAGAGAUUUCACGUGUUUUAGUCAACCAGGUGAAGUUUUCUUGACUUUAUAUGUUUUGAUCAACGUCAGUAUCUGAGCAACUGCGCCCCUACCUAGCCCCUGACCCAGCGUUAACCCUAACUUGGUAUAGGGGCCUGGUGCUCAGAUACUGAAAUUGAUCCAGAUCUUUCCACAAGGGUGCUAAACUUGUGUGGCUGAUGUAAAGAUUUCGGUAUGGUUGGUUUACUCUUUCGCUUCUAGGAGAGAACAAAAAGGAGCUUCCCUUUACAUCAGAAAAUUGUAAUAAAGAGGGGUGACCAGAAGAAAAAGGAUUAUCAUCAAGGGGAUAUUGCUUGAUUUUAAACCAAAUUCUCAGACCUUAAAUCACGAGAAAUACAUGAAGGACUGUAGGGAGAAUUUAUAUUUAAAUCUCUGGAGUGUAAGGCUUGAAAUAGCGAGCUUCUAAAACUUGCCCUGCUCUUUGUAGAGGCACUCUCGUAUUUGUUCGGCUUCACGCAGGUUGUCACUCGGCGAAGCUCCAUUUUCCGUUUUCGCGGCUUCAGUGCUAUUAUUUUCAUCGGGCAUCAGAUAAACCAUCAGCCAUGUUGGCCAUUAAGUUUGCAUUUGUUUUAAUAUUUUUUAUUAUUAUUAUUAUUAUUAUUAUUCGUUUCAGUUAAUUAUGGCCGGAUUUAACGAGUGAUCUGGUGCAAGUCAACACAAGAAGAGUUGUUUUCACUCAAAGUAUUUCACAGAAUUCGCUUUCGCCAGGAUCCCACUGAAUUGUUAUUUUAUUUAUUCAUGGAUAAGUUGUUACCUGUAGACAAUAGCGUGUACUUAUUUUUUAGACAUUCAAAAUGACACUUCCAAAUGUGAAUCAAAGCAACCGUCUGCUGUUUUAAGAUUGUAAUUAGCUAAAUUUAACAUUGUUGUGGAGAGGGUAAAUGCAAAAACUAUUUUAAGCAUAUCUUUAAUUAGUUUGAUAUAUUAUUGUUUUAAACUUUUCCUUUUAUGUUUCUAGUUUUUAUUUCUUAAGCCUCGUUGUGAUAUCGCCAUAGAAUACAUGUUAUUCAAAGCUACUUUUCUUUGAAAUUAAUUGUAGCUGAUCGAUGGUUUACACGUAAAGGGUUGGACUAAAUAAUUUGUAGGGAUUUAUCUUUGAUAAUUAAGCCUAUGAAAGGGAAGAAUAAUUAUUUCGUACAUUGUUCGUGUGGCCUUUUUGGAUUCUUUGCAGUGAUUUUGCUGUCCUAUAGAAAAACCAUGAAUUCUGGCAUGCUGAUAAAAAGUUCCUGCUGAAAUUUUUAGUUUGAUCUUUUUAUUGCAAAUCAUUGGAUGAGAACCACUUGACCUACUGUGCGCUUGGUUUUGUAAAAGAAGAUAGUGGCUCUGUUUAUUUGGGAAUGAUGGAAAAUUUUCAGCUUCCUGCAGUUUGUUUGCAAGAAAAAAAAAAUGGAUCACUGAAGUGAGAGAAAGAAUGUUCACACGACGGACUUAAAGCAUGAAAGAAAAAAAUUGGUCUGAAUUUUUUUCACACGUUUGUUACCAGUUUACAAAUAUAAAAUGAUCCAUUUCCAAAAGAGUUGAUGGUGUUAUUCUUUGAGAUCUCAUAAGAGGCCGCACGAAUCUCAUUAAAUAGAAGUGAUCCUAACCGAAAGCGGCAAGAAGCCUCAUUACUUAUCGUUCCUACCAAACCGCCGUUGGUUUGGCUCCGGUCUUUCUCCGGGCGGUUUUCUCAUUCUGUUCGUUCAUUCAACCUCACUAAACAAACCGCCUGACACUUAAUCUGCUCCAGAUUUAGCAACUUUCCGGUCAUGAAUUACCUAAGAUGAGGCUAUUUUUGUAUGCGAAUUAAAAGUUAACAUGUAGAAAAACACGGGUAUAGAGAGUCAAAUAGAGUAAAAUUUUUUGUAAAAUGACUGUGAACAGCCUACUUCAGAAUUUUGAAAUAAAAUGUCAUGUAUUAUG